GUGAGAUUUACGCUGAGGAGGAAGAGAAUCUGUCAACAACGCAGGCUGAGAAGUCUUUUACAGCUGUUUCGUCAUGACAACAGUCCAAGUGCCUGAUAGACCCGUUGAUUUCAUUUCUGCUGAAACUUCAUGGAUCUCGGCGUGUCCUGGUGGUCUGUGGGAGGUGCGCCGAAGGUGGCUUGGAGAAAGACAACGAGGAGACUGCACGCCUAUGAUGGGGUCACUAUGUAAGGUCAAAGUGCGCCGAAAAAGUAUUACAGAGCAGAACACACUACAAAGUAAUUCGCUCUGCCAACUAAACGAGCCUGAAUCAACAGUCAGUGUUGAUUCUAGUGAGCAAGCUACCUCAUAUCCUCGCUCCCAGGACUCUGUUCUGCAGGUUCCACUGGAUGAAUGGUUCAUGUUGCACAUGGGUGAAGGGCAGUGUGACAUUGUAGAGGGCUGUCUGGAUGGAAUGAGGGCUGGAGAGAUGUGUGAGUUCACAAUAAGUGCCUGGAACGCAAGGGAUUCCAACGCUGCUUGCAGUGAUUCUAAUAGUACCCAGAUUGAAAAUAAAACAGGGCAAGGAUUGCCUCAACAGCCUCUCUGCUUCACAGUUCAGCUCCACUCAUUAUCCCCUGGUCAAGAGUCAUGGCAAAUGACUCCUGAAGAAAAAUGGGCUUGGGUACAGUCUUACAAGCUGAUGGGUGGUCAGCGGUUUGGGAAGGGAGAUAUCUGGGGUGCAGCAGACUGCUACUGCAGAGCUGUAAAACUGGCCAUAACUUUAAAUGCCCAGACAAGAGGAAAAACAGAGGAGUCAGAAGAAGGUAUGGAUGGAGAUAACGAUACAUCUUUGGCAACAUCCAAUGAUGAGAAAAAGGAGGAAGAAAAUGUUGGUGACUCUUACAUCCCGACUGAGGAGGACUACAAAACUGUAAAAGCAGAACUUCACUCCAAUCUCUCUUUGUGCCAGCUUAAGUUAGGGCUGCUUGUAAAAUCCAGAGAUAGUAGUAUCAAAGCUACUGAGCUAAACCCAAAGAGUACUAAAGCCUGGUAUCGACUAGGGCAAGCUUGCUUGCAGCUGGGGGAACUAGAGGAGUCCCGUAUGGCCUUUGGAAAGAUUCUGGAACUCCAGCCUGACUCUGCAUCAGCUCGUGCUGCCUUGAAACAAGUCAACUCCAAAUUAAAGGACAUAAACAGUAAACUCGGUCAGAGGCUAAGCAAGAUGUUUAACUAGGAAAUGUAGGCUGUAGAUGGAGUUGAUAACAGUCUUGAUUGAAUGAAUAUGUCUUAAACAGUAAUUAUAUUAUGAAAAUGAUGACUAAAGUAAAAUGUCUAUCAACAGUCCAUUGCUGCAGUAUGUUGUUUUGUUAUUGGGCAAAUUGAAAUGUUCAUAGGUUAUGUUUUUGGGCUAUACUUGUUGUUUAGUUGCAGUUGAUAAAACUAGUUUACUGGUUUACGUACUGUUUACUGUAUGAGUAGUAUAUAUACUAUCUUAAUGUCAAUGUUUAAAACUAUAUUAACUUGAAACUUCUGGAAAGUUAUGUGGGUACU